AUGCCCUUCGCUGACUUACCACCGUUCGCAUACAGUGCACUUGCAGGGCGCGAGAUACGAGUACUCGUCCCUGGUAUCUCGGGUCCAGCAAAAAAGCUGUCUUGGUCGCUCCAAACAGUCAGUCUUGAUGAAAGUGAUCUCCACUUCGUCGCACUGUCGUACGCCUGGGCGACUCAAUCUCACCCUGAUACUUAUAUCAUUUCUUGCAAUGGGUGUCAACUGCGAGUACACCACAAUCUCUAUCGCGCUCUAUCUUCUCUGGAUAGACGCUUUCGGGCUGAGAAUGCGAUGAUCAUACCUUACUGGAUCGAUGCAAUUUGCAUCAAUCAAGCAGACGAUGAGGAGAAGACUCUCCAGAUCAAACUCAUGAACACUAUAUAUCGACAGGCUGACAAAGUGUUGGUUUGGCUCGGCGAGGCACUGACACAAGAACAACAAGACCUAAUACCACGUGCAAUUGAGCUCUUGCCAUUGCUCGUCAAGGAGCACGCACGAUAUCGUCUGUCGACGGCUGGUCCGUACUUCGAAGUUGCCCCUGAACUUAGUCAUCUUGGCCGCGAUGGUUGGGAGGCAAUCUUACAUCUCGUGAGGAACACCUACUUCUGGAGAGUCUGGGUAGUCCAGGAAGUGGCAUUAGCCAAGGGUGUUAUGUUCCUUUGUGGCGACCACGAGAUAAGUCUGCAGUUGAUGGAGGAGGCGGUAGUUGACAGUUGGAAUCUUAGGAACUGGGCCAUAUAUGACCUGACGAAUGGGCAACGGAUGCGAGUUCAGGCACCAUCACAUGACGACAGCGUGGUCUUCAAGAUUCGACAUAUUGUCCAACCAGACCACAAGGAUUACAACACAGAAGGUAACGCACACCAAACAAUACGCAUCGCAAAUCUACUAGACAACCAGACUUGCUUCGCGCCGCAGGACCGGGUUCUCGGGAUACUGGGGAUGGUUCAGGAAGAAUUUGAAGGCGCUGGCAGAGAGCUACACAGAUACACAUCCAUCCCGCAUCUCUACACACGGUUUAGUACGUUGCUAUUCACUGCUUCCGGGCCAUCUAUCACAGAUUUACAUUGGUGGUUCUACCUCAGCAUGGCCUUCAACCUCAAGAGGAUUGACGGACUGCCAUCGUGGGUGCCAGAUCUCCACCACAAUGACUCCAAGUGCAAACGUCAGCCUUACGAAUCAAUGCUAGCCGCUCGAGUAUACAGUGAUCCUCCGUGGCAGGCGAGCUCCAGACCCUGCAUAGUUUCCAAGGGAUCGCGGUCCGAUGAGAUUAUCCUCCGAGGCAAGCUGCUGGACACAGUCUUGCUCGUUCAUCCAGAGGUGCCGCAUUUCCCCGGCGACUCUGAACCUGGCUAUGGAGACGGCAUGACAUGGCUGCGAGUCAUGACCGACGUUAUCCAAUGGGAGCGCAAGCUUGCAGACGCAGUACUCUACCACCCACCAUCUCAGUCAACACGCGCAGCCAGCGAGGAACCUGUAUACAGCGGCAUAUCAGAGGAUACGUACUGGCGCACGCUUCUCGCAGAUGCCCGCGUCGACUUCACAGGUAACAAAAAAUUCACGCGCGAGACAUGGCUGCUAUUCCGAGAAGCCGGACAGCGCAUGCUGGUGCUCGUUCCGCGACUCGAGGAGCUCAGAAAAACAACGGGCCGAGACCCCUGGACCCUCCCGGACUGGGCCUCGAGCGAGCAGGAAACGCAGACGAUGCAUAGCUUCCGCGGUCCCGGACAGCCCGUGGGCAGCUUUGCUGCUGUGCUGUGCUUUACGCGCCAUCACCAGCUGUUCGGCACCGAGCAUGGGCGGCUCGGAUUCACGGCUACGGGUGUGCAGAGGGGCGACGUGGUCUGUGUGUUCAACCACGCCGUGUCGCCCCAUGUGCUGCGGAGAGUGCGGGACCGCGAUGGUGCGGCGCGGUACAGGUUCGUUGGGGACGCGUAUGUGCAUGGGUUGAUGUAUGGGGAGAGUGAUGAUUUGGACGUCGAGGAGAGGGAUAUUGUGCUGGUCUAA